CGGUAGGUGGCGAUCAUGCACCCAGACGUUGUUUGCAAACCGCCAAUAACCCACGAAGAAGAAAAACAAAUCGACCCCUCGUCUUCUGGGAAAACAAGCAACAAACACUCAGCUAACUCUCUGACUAAUAAGGGUUAUCCCUCCAUGUAGCUUAAGGUGAGAAUUCAGCUUUAACUCUAGUCCAGCAUGGCGGAGGGUCCGGCUAACCUUCCCCCGGGAGACCCGCAGCUCAUCGGGAUGAUCGUGGAGCAUCUGAAGAACCGGGGACUCUUCGACGAGUUCCGCAGGGACUGUCUGGCUGAUGUUGACACCAAGCCCGCCUACCAGAACCUGAGACAGAAGGUGGACAACUUUGUCACCUCCCAGCUGAGCACUCAGGACUGGAACCCGUCCAUCAACAAGAACCAGAUGAGGAACGGACUGAGGCAGAGUGUGGUCCAAUCCGGUAUGCUGGAGUCCGGUGUGGACAGGAUCAUCACUCAGGUUGUGGACCCUAAGAUGAACCACACUUUCAGGCCACACAUAGAAACCGCCAUUCACGACUUCCUGUCAGGGGAAAAGAGGGAGGAGAACGCUGUGUGCUCUAACCCUGCACCGCCUGAACCGACAGAACCUCUGGAGCCCCCUUCUGUUUGUGGACCCAAAACUCCCAGUGGAAACAUGCUGGUGGGCCUGUCCGCUGUGUUUUCUCUGCUGCUCGUAAGUGAACAGGUGUUGACCCUGGAGCUUCAUGAGGUCCAGGAGAAACAAGUCAGCCAAGCCAAGAGACGCCUCUCUCCGCAGGGCACAGCCGAUAUUCAGAGCUGCCUGGUGAGUUCAGGGGACGUCGGCUGUGGGACGUUUCAAUGCUUCAACAACAACUCCUGCGAAAUCCAAGGGCUGCACCACAUCUGCCUCACUCUGCUGCACAACGCCGGGCGCUAUAACUCACAGGGCAAGUCGUUUGUGAAGGCUGCGUUGCGGUGCAUGGCGCUAGGACUGCGGCAUCGCUUCAGCUGCGUGAGCCGCCGGUGCUCAGCGGUGAAGGAGAUGGUGUUCUCACUGCAGAGAGAGUGCUACUCCAAACACCAGCUCUGCCUCGCUGUGCAGGACCACAUGGACACCAUGGGAAGCCUGGUCCAGUUCAACUUGAUGUUUCCCCCGGGACCGUACGUGGAGUUGAUGAACUUCCUGUUGAGUUGUGGAGACGAGGUCAGGUCCUGGGUCGGUCGGCGGCUGCGUAGCCAGUGUGAGCAGCACUGGGGGGUGCUGUGCAGCAGCUUCGGCAGCUCCUGCUCCGUUAGCCCGUCAGAAGCUCCACAGUACACCACCUCCGGCCCGCUAUCAACCGCUACACCCGGGCCUUUCACUACUCAAGGACUCUUGCAGCAGUCAACAGCAGCGGUCAAACAAGAGGACGGUCAAAUCGACAACGUGACGGAAACUGGUUUCCCCGUGAAUGACGAUGUUGCUGCAUCGUAAACACACAUGGAGGUCUCUCAGGUGCAGAGAGAAGUUCAUACACUUGGUUAUGAGAUAUGUAGAGGUUUUAGAUGUAGUGUAGAUUUUCUGGUGCAAGCAACAGAUUAUAACUUAUUCAACCUAUUGGAUGUUUGUGCUUUAAUAUUAUAUUUUCUUUACUUGUGAAAGGAUUAAAACCAUUCAUCUACCUCAUUUCAACUUCACAGUAGGACUGAGUGGCUGAAUAGCAUCGCACAGGGCAUGGUCACACAAACACUACAGGGAAUUACAAGUGCAGCUCUAAGUCAGCAGUCUAUUUAAAUGUUUUUGUAUUUAUAAAGAGUUCUAAAUAUGUAUUACUAUGUAUUAUCACGUUUCAUAUAGCUCAGGAUUCAGGUGAUGUUUUGUACGUUUUUAUUUAAGUGAAUGUAAAAACACAUUUGAACUGAAUAAAGUAUAUUAAUGUCACUGGAGGGA